AGUGUGUUGUCUGGAUCUUUGAGCUUUGAUCAUGAAUAGCAUCGGCUUGGGCGGCUGACAAUGCUAUCUCCGGCACAUAAAAAGGAAGCGGGUUGCACAAGAGAGAGCAUGAAUCGACUCUCGUGCCUUCUGAAAUGAAGCUGAUACGUUUCAUCGUGCUUGCCUUCGUUGGAUUACGGCAACAUGUUUCUUCUCUCGUCCCAGUUCGAGAGGAAUACUGGUCACCCGAUAAAAAUGUGCAUAUCAUCGUCGAAUACGAAAAAUCACCAGAAAUUAUUCCCGGAAUUGAAGGUAAAAUAGGCCAAUCAGGGACGACCGAUGCUGCAACGCCUUUUUCAAAUUUUACGUCUCCCCUUGACCCACGCACGGAACCAACUAUCGUAACCUUUCCGACGAAGAGCGCAACGCCGACGACGAAGGAUCAAGAGGAAUACUGGUCACCCGACGGACAGUGGCACAUUACUGUUUCGCGCGAGGACCCGGAUGAAAUAGAACCCGUACCAACCAGCAAAGAGCCGGAAGUCCAGACAAGCGGAGCCGUCACAGCAACAACUACGAAUUUCGAAACGUCAUCUCACGUGCCACGACCGGCUCAGAAGGAGGAGACCUCGGAAACGGUUACUACACCGUCGGAUCCUCCGGCAGGAGUUUCUGAAAUCGCCACAACCCAGCAUGAUGGUACCGUUCCGCCAUCCGUCACAACCACGCCCCGUGUAACGAAAAUUGUGCCAGAAAACGCAGAAUGCAGCAAAAACUGCAAGCCCCCUAACUGCACGUGUAGCAGUCAAAGCCCGCCUGCCGGACUUGGCUUGGACGACAUGCCUCAGUUUGUGAUGCUCACCUUCGAUGGCGCGGUGAAUGCGAGCAACAUGCCGUUCUAUCGGGAACUCCUCGGUGAUCUCGAGCGAAGGAACAAGGCGAGUGACUGUGCCAUCGCCGCUACCUUCUUCGUCUCUGCUGACCGUCUGGAGUUUGCUCUUUUGAACGAGCUUUACGCGGGUGGCAACGAAAUCGCGCUUCACUCUAUCAGCCACCACGCAGAUCAGGCCUACUGGAAUGACUUGGACACGUCCGGCUGGGAACUAGAGGUCGCGGAUGAAAAGAAGAUGGUGGAGGCGUUCGCCAACAUUCCGCCUUCCGCCAUCAAGGGUUUCCGAGGACCUAACCUAAUGACCGGAGGUGACCAGGGGUUCAAGAUGAUCCACAGCAACUUGGAGUACGACAGCAGCUUGGUUCACCCGAGGACACGUCCCGAUACCCGUCCCACGUUCCCCUACACCCUCGACUUCGGAUUCAAGGAAAAGUGUGUCGUCGAGCGGUGCCCGCAAGAGGCCUAUCCUGGACUUUGGGUGAUGCCGUUGAACGUGCUCUUUAAGAAAAGCGACGUCGACGGCGGGUCUCAAGAGCUGCCCUGUUCGAUGGCUGAUGGAUGUGAGACUCAGCCUUCCAGUGCCGAUGAGACCUUCGAGUACCUGAGGUCUAACUUCGAAGACUUCUACAAAUCCAACAGAGCCCCUUUCCCGGUCUCAGUGCACGAAGCAUGGCUCCAUGAUCCACAGAGGAAGGAAGGCUAUCUUCGCUUCGUGAGCUGGCUUUUGGAGAAAGACGACGUUCAUCUGGUCACGGUGUCCGAAGUGCUCAGCUUCAUGAGGAACCCGACGCCCGAAAACAAAUACGCUCAGAGCCAUUGCUUGAAGUCCAAGCCCGAGUCCACGUGUCCGUCACCGAAGAGCUGCGAGUACCCGAGCACGCCUGCCGGGGGCCCGCGUACCACGACCGUUUGUACUGCUGAUUGUCCCCCGAAGUAUCCGUGGUUGUUCAGUCCUCUCGGGAAAGAAUAGAACAAUUAUAGAAUAGAAAGAGCGAGAGAAAAAGAGAGAGAGAGAUGAGUUGUCUGUACUUACUACUUAGAAACGCCAAGAGGUCAAGCUGAAUUCAGAGCUGAAUUGCUAGUUGCUGAAAAAAUGAAAAAGGAGUAGGGUUGGGGAUCCGACAGAGUAAAAGGAAGAAAAGCUAGAAAAGAAGAAAUAGUGCAAGGCAAAGGCAAUUACAGCCUGUUCACACCAAAGUCUAGAGUAUUUCAAAUAAACUAUAGUGUUAGUGAUAGAAUAGACCGAUCUCACCAAGCAUUUGGCGCAUGUGUUAUUACGCCACCAUAAUUGUAGUCCACAAGAGGCAGGCGGCAGUGCAUGGUACGUCUCUUUCAUUCCGUCUCGUGCUCCACUCGCAGCGGGUUAUUGCAGCAGCAGGGUUAUUGCACGUACAGAAAGAGUGAUGUUCCCUCGAUGAAUCGCGGCAGCGGUGGCGUAGCGAAGCUGGCAGUGAGAUUGGCCUAUUCAUCGAUGCUUUCUUUGCCUAAUGUCCAUCCUCAGAAGUAUGCCAAGGCUCAGGAAGGUGGUGCAGCUCAAGUUCUUCGCUUGUUCUUAGGCCUAGUUGUAUCUUUGUCGUGUUCCUUCGAGAGUCGUAAGUUGUGCAGUUUCAUCAUACGUGGUGGGCUGUCUUGGACUAAAGAGCACGAAGCGUAAGUAUGUGAUUCUUCCUUGCCGAUUAAAUGGAGACAUUUUUUAGAAGUCAAACGUGUAUUUUGGUUGUUACUGCUUGCCAUCUUUGAUAGAGCGCGUUCUGCUUCGGCGACCAGGUCAAAUAUUUGACUGGGCAUAGUAUUGAUGAUAAACAUUGGACGUCAAAUCUGAGUCUAGAGCGCUUUGUUCAUAUCGCAUGAUUAAAAGGAGCUCACACUAAGUGUCUGACGAGAACGACAACCCUGAUGCAGAGGCGUUUUUAUGGUGUGGAAUACAUGUCGCAGAAGCAUUCUGGGAGAUCGCCAUUAACCAUUAGUACCCGCUCUUUAAGAACGGACUCAGCCGAGGUCACAGUGAGUUUCACCACAUAUUGUGUCAGAAGGGCCAAACAUUCACUGGACGCUAUAUUAAUAAAAAAACAAUUGUGUUGUG